AUGCCUGUGAAUGACAACUCACGCGCGGAUCCAAGACACGCGGGGAACCACGGCCGUGGCAUCGCAACUGAGCGUGCAUGCUGCCAGCUGCGCUGCGCUGUAAUGAAAAUGGAACAGUUCCGCUGCACGGCACUACUUACUUUUGAACCCUGUAACAGUCUGAGGGAGAGAGUCUGGAGUCUGGAGUCUGGAGUGGUAAGGUCCUCUCAAUGCUCUCUCAUCCACUCAUCCAUGAAUCGACUUAACCUAGCUGAGCCUUCUGGCGGCCAUCUUUUUGCCAUCUACCUCAUCCGUCUCCACCAGACCGCCAAUCUCAUCAAGGGUCCCCCUCUAACCAUCUCACUCACUCUGAUAAAGACCAACCAAGCCACACAAGUGAAGCAAGGUGCCCAUCCUCAGCAACACCAGCAUCCACUCCCCAAGUUCCAGGCCCAGUCCAUCGGCCAUUGCGUCUCCAGCGCUCUCUCCACCAGCCCGCUGCCCCCUCUACCUUUCCCCCUCCAUCGCUCCUGCGCAGUAAAGGGUCACCCACCUGCCUGCCGCCUGCCACCCACCGCCGCCGCCGUCGCGCCCAAAUCCUCCCGCCCUUCUCCCCCGAUUCAUCCUUCAUCCACCAUCCAUCCAUCCAUCCACACACACCCAUCCAACCCGCUCUCCUCCAACCUUUUUUCUCUCUUCCUCCUUUCCUCCCCCAGGGGGCUUCUUUCGACGACUUCCUCUUCCUUUGAUCUCGCCGACCCCCUCCCCUCCAUCGGUACCUUGAUUGUUUCUUGGUACUCGACAUCGCAGACGCUCUGCGAAACAGAACAGAAACAGAUUCUCGAGUCGCAUAGUCGGACGAGCCCUCUUACCGCCUCGAGAUUCCUGCUCCGCCAAAAGGUCGCCAUCGCCGCCUCCUUCGACACCACCCAACCGUCUCUGUCAGGCCUAACGCGUCUCGUUGUGAGCCUACUGCCCUUCGACCCGACCCGACUAGACCUUGUCUACCUACGACCUCUUCGCACUCGACACCUCGUUGCUAUCUCCGACGAAUACUUCCUGCGACCGCGGCAAAGAUACACCGUUGCCCCUUCAUCGCGUCGACCUUCCCGCCUCUCUACCCAAAUACUCAGUGAGUUCGUUCCGUCUUGCCUUCCGCCUCGGCGAUUCUCCAUCUUCCCUGCCUUUUCCCUACAACCCAUCCUGCGCGCGAUGCUCAAGGCUGCCAUCAGCUCUGCACCCAAGGCUGCUGCCAUCACGAUCAAGACGUUGGGCUGUGGUCUCAGCACGCUUGCCUGUGUCGUUGUUUCCCUGCUGGUGGAUUCCGGCUGCUCAUCUGCCAUCGAGCUGUCCUUCUCAUGCCUUGUCCUGCAUGUGCAAACACUCAGCCUUGCUUGCCCACCCUCCGCUGCCCAUACGCACUCCUCUUCUCCUUCCCCACGAUUACGGCUCUUGCCUCACGUCACCGCCCUCGCACAAGCUCUUGAGUUAGCCUGA